AUGGCGUCCUAUUACGAUGAGGGUUACGACGAAGCGACUGACGAUGUCAUCACGCAGGAGGACUGGUCAGUGCUCUCGCUGAGCGAAUGGGCUGGCCAUGUAUACGCGAGCUGACUUGGUUUCUACCCGCCAUGGAUGCUGCUGCAUCUCGAUUAUGACGACGACGGUCAUGGCGACCCCCACAGUUGGGCCGUGAUUGCAUCUUAUUUCGCCGACAAGACGCUCGUUUCUCAGCAGAUCGAUUCUUUCGACGAAUUUGUCAACAAUACCAUGCAGGAGCUCGUCGAUGAAGGCGCUUCGCUCAUCCUCGACCAGAACAUGCAGCAUACGGGCAAGGCUGGCGAUGUCACGGUUAGUCAGCAUAUGCCACCCGCUUGUAUCGCCUGUCAUGGCUCGCCUACUGCAAAUGGUCCGCCCAUGCCUUGCGCUGACGCUACGCCGCCUCUACCCCGUUGACGAUCCUGGGGUGCAUCUGCGCGUCCCACUUCGCAUGCAACGCCCCAACGAUGCCAUUCUCCGUAGAAACGCUACGAGCUCAACUUUGGCCAGAUAUACCUUUCCAAGCCAACUAUGACCGAGGCCGAUGGGACGGUAUCUCCGAUGUUUCCCAACGAGGCCCGGUUACGCAAUCUCACGUCAGUCGAGGCCCGGAGACAUGUCAUCGCAGUGGGGAAGCAAGAACCUGAGCCUGACUCGAGAUUGCCUCUCACUAUGUAGAUACUCGGCUCCUCUCUACAUUGACAUGAAGAAGCGUGUCAUGGUCCAGGACGGCGAAGAGAUCGACUCGAAAACGGGUGAACUGCAGUGGCGUGAAGAGAAGGAUGGCGUGGAUUCAGGCGAGGACGAGAAGAUUUACAUCGGCAAGGUCAGUGAUGGGAUUUUCUCACCGUCACCUCCGCUGUUUGACGAGCCGCAUAGUGAAUCUGACUCGUAGUCGAUCUGCUGCAGGUGCCGAUUAUGCUGCGCUCGGGCUUCUGCAUCCUCAAUGGGCUUGCGGAGCGUGAUGUGCUCGAAUUGAACGAGUGCCCCUACGACAAAGGAGGGUAUUUCAUCAUCAACGGCUCGGAGAAGGUUCUCAUCGCGCAAGAGCGCAUGGCGACCAAUCGAGUCUACGUCUUCGCCAAGAGUCAGCCCUCGCCCGUCACGUUCCUCGCUGAGAUCCGAAGCGCAGUGGAAAAAGGGGGCAAGACGAUCAGCUCGAUGCAAGUCAAGAUGAUGAGGCGAACGGAAAAGCAGAGUGGGCAGACGAUUCGAACCUCGCUCCCUUAUAUCCGAGCCGAUGUGCCGAUUGUGGUCGUGUUCCGCGCUCUCGACAUCAUCCCCGACAAGGACAUUCUCGAACACAUCUGCUACGACCGCAACGAUGCAGAAAUGUUCGAAAUGCUGAAACCCUGUCUCGAAGAUGCGUUUCCGAUCCAGAACCGUGACGUCGCCCUUGAUUUUAUCGGGCGUCGUGGCACGGUACCCGCCUUGACUCGCGACCGCCGCAUCAACUACGCUCAGGAGAUCCUGCAAAAGGAGAUGCUUCCGCAUGUAUCGAUGGCUCCGGGCCAAAACACGAAGAAGGCUUUUUUCUUUGGCUACAUGGUCCACCGCCUGUUGUUGGCCGCGCUCGAUCGACGGGAGCUCGAUGAUCGUGAUCACUUCGGCGCAAAACGGCUUGACUUGGCUGGGCCGCUGCUGGCUGCCCUAUUCAGGAUGCUAUUCCGCAAGUUGACCAAGGAUGUUUAUCGACACCUUCAAAAAUGCGUCGAGACCCAAAAAUCUUUCAACCUCAACACGGCCGUGCGAUCGAAUACCAUCACUAACGGGCUCAAGUACUCGCUAGCCACUGGCAAUUGGGGUGACCAGAAGAAGGCCAUGUCAGCAAAGGCCGGAGUGUCUCAGGUGCUUAAUCGCUAUACGUUCGCCUCCACCCUGUCUCAUCUUCGACGAUGCAACGCACCCAUUGGCCGUGACGGCAAGAUCGCCAAACCUCGCCAACUGCAUAACACGCACUGGGGCAUGGUUUGUCCCGCCGAAACGCCCGAAGGCCAAGCUUGUGGGCUAGUCAAAAACCUUGCCCUGAUGUCGUACAUCUCCGUCGGGUCCCCAUCGGCACCGAUCGUCGAGUUCUUGGAGGAGUGGGGCAUGGAGAAUCUUGAAGAGUUCUCAAGCGAAAUGUCCAAGGGGACGAAGGUCUUCGUCAAUGGCGUGUGGCAAGGUGUGCAUCGCGAUCCGGCUCAUUUGGUUCAGACCAUCAAGCGCCUGCGACGAUGCGGCGAUAUCGCGUAUGAGGUAUCGGUCGUACGAGAUGUGCGCGAACGAGAACUGCGGCUGCACACGGACGCUGGACGAGUUUGCAGGCCACUGUUCAUCGUAGAGGACCACCGGUUGGUACUCACGCGACACCACAUCGACGCUCUUCAGAAUGAAGAUUCCGAGGAUCGGCCCGACGAGAAGCGCCUGAAAUGGACCGACCUAAUCGAGACCGGAGUUGUCGAGUACGUUGACGCUGAAGAAGAAGAAACGGUGAUGAUUUGCAUGACGCCAGAGGACCUCGAGACGUCUCGGCUAUUCCAAGAAACUGGCCAGAUUCAAGUUGAUACGUUUGACCCCUCGGCUACUGUCAAAGGCUCGAUGGGUGUGAAUACACACACCUGGACCCACUGCGAGAUUCAUCCAAGCAUGAUUCUUGGCAUCUGCGCCAGCAUCAUCCCCUUCCCGGAUCACAACCAAUCGCCUCGUAAUACCUAUCAGUCGGCGAUGGGCAAACAAGCUAUGGGUGUCUUCUUGACAAACUAUCAAGUGCGCAUGGAUACGAUGGCCAAUGUCCUCUACUACCCACAGAAACCAUUGGCCACCACUCGCUCCAUGGAGUAUCUUCAUUUCCGAGAGCUACCCGCGGGACAGAAUGCUAUCGUCGCUAUAAUGUGCUACUCGGGUUACAACCAAGAAGAUUCAGUCAUUCUCAACCAGAGUUCGAUUGAUCGAGGUCUGUUUCGCUCGUUCUACUACCGUUCCUACAUGGAUCAAGAGAAGAAAUCCGGCGCGAUCCAGAUGGAGGAGUUCGAAAAGCCAACUCGUGAUACCACGCUGCGGCUCAAGCAUGGCACAUACGAGAAGUUAGAGGCGGAUGGAAUCAUUGGGCUCGGCGAGCGUGUUGCUGGCGAAGACAUCAUCAUUGGCAAGACUGCGCCGCUGCCCCCCGACUCUGAAGAGCUCGGCCAGCGCUCGAAGAACCACACGAAGCGCGAUGUGUCGACGCCGCUGAAGAGCACGGAGAACGGGAUUGUGGAUCAAGUGCUCGUGACCACCAACCAAGAUGGACUCAAGUUCGUAAAAAUUCGCGUCCGUUCCACGCGCGUUCCGGAGAUCGGCGACAAAUUUGCCUCACGUCACGGGCAGAAAGGCACGAUCGGUAUCACUUACCGCCACGAAGACAUGCCGUUCUCCGCCGAGGGUACAACCCCCGACAUCAUCAUCAACCCGCAUGCCAUUCCUUCUCGAAUGACGAUUGGGCAUUUGGUCGAGUGUUUGUUGUCAAAGGUAUCAACAAUCUCCGGCAACGAAGGCGAUGCGACGCCAUUCUCUGAAGUCACAGUAGAGGCAAUUUCGACUUUGCUCAAGGAGAUGGGCUACCAUUCACGGGGUCUGGAAGUCAUGUACAAUGGUCACACGGGCCGCAAACUUCAAGCCCAGGUCUACCUUGGUCCAACAUACUACCAACGUCUCAAGCACAUGGUCAACGACAAAAUUCACUCUCGAGCUCGCGGUCCUCUUCAGAUCUUGACCCGACAACCCGUGGAGGGUCGAUCGCGAGAUGGUGGUCUUCGUUUCGGAGAAAUGGAGCGUGAUUGCAUGAUCUCUCACGGCGUCGCCGGAUUCCUCCGUGAACGACUGUACAACAACAGCGAUCCCUAUCGCGUCCAUGUUUGCAACUUGUGCGGCCUGACCGCAAUUGCGAAUCUAAAGCGCCAGUCGUUCGAGUGUCGAUCGUGCAGGAACAAGACUGAGAUCUCACAGGUCCUUUUGCCAUACGCUGCCAAGCUACUCUUCCAAGAACUGCAGGCUAUGAAUGUUGCAUGCCGGUAAGUCUCCUCACUCUGAGCCAUCGUUGACUUGUUCUGGAUAUCUAUCAUUCAUCCAGAUCUCUCUCUCUCUCUAGAUUCGGUUUUGAUCCUGACGAGACCGAUAACGUCGCGCGGCAAGAUGCUGUUGUAGACCAAUAA